GUGCCACUUUCAGGUCUCCUCACACUGCUUGGUGUGUUGAAUUUUUUCAUAGGGUGCUGGCAGAUUACGGGCCUCUCCCAUAGCUGCUGCCAGGCCCUAAUCUGCCAUGGGCCCCUAUACCACCUCCUCAUGCUGCUGCACAGGUUACCACAGUCUCUCAAUGCCAAGUGCCACUUUCAGGUCUCCUCACACUGCUGGUGGUGUUCAGAAAAGGUUUUUUUGACAUAGGGUGCUGGCAGAUUACGGGCCUCCCAUAGCUGCUGGCCAGGCCCUAAUCUGCCAUGGGCCCCUAAAUACCGCCUCCUCAUGCUGCUGCCAGGUCCAGGAGUCUGUCCCACCCCCAUAGGGGGGGGUCCCUGUACGGCC